AUGGAUAUCACGUUCGUUGCUGAUUGCGGAUCGCACACGGUGAAGCACGCAUGCUUCUCAAAGACAGACAAGACCCUGGGGUUUGAUCCUGGCGUGAGCGAGGUGCCCAGCACGGCGUACUUGGAUGAUGCCCUGGACGUGGUGCUGUUUGGACGACAGCUUGCAGAGUUACUUUCAGAUUCCUGCCCCGUGGACUCUGGCUUAACACUUUCGUUACUUUUGGACGUGUUGCUUCCGCAGUGGAAGAGGGAACUCAUUUUAAAAUGCUGUUUUGAGUAUCUAGAUGCCAAACGUGUGUUUCUGGGCUACGCAGCGGCAACAGCUCUUUUUUCUGUGGGGAAAACAACUGGAAUAGGCAUGGACGUUGGGUACCGCGGGGUUCGUUUUGUGCCUGUUGUGAAUGGCAUUGUCCAGACCUCUCUCUGUGCCGAGGUGCAGUCGGUGGGUGCUCGAGGCGCAGACUGUGUGUUGAAUCGUCAUCUCCCAGAAGCGGAGGAGCCAAUUCUUCGCGCGUUGAAGUCUUCCGCGUGCUGGGUUGGUGAGGAGCCCGUCGCGCUGCCCUCACGCUUGACGCUUCCCGACGGCAACACUCUGCCGUUCCCAAUUAGUUUUGCUGCGUGCCGGGAGGCCGGCGAGGCGUUGCUCUUUCACCAACCACACAUUAGUGCUCCUGUUGCCGUGCACUAUGCGUAUCAGAAGAGUUUAAUGGAUUUUCCCUUCUUAAACGAGUGGGUGCUUUUUGGCGGCGCGUCCGCUGUGAAGGGGGUGCGAGAGGUUUUUCGUGGUGCGCUGAGUCAUGCCGUGGCGCCUUUGCAGGUGCCCCCGCAUCAUUUGCAGGCAAAAGUGCCCAUGCAUGCACCGCUCUCAGGUUGUGUUAUUCUCUCUCAGUUGAGCAGUUUUAAGGGCAUGUGUGUUCAUGCGGCAGAGUACGAGGAAGAAGGACCACACCGUUGCAUUCACCUUAAGGCUGUCGAUGGAAGGUGA